AUGGAGCACAUCACAGCUUUUUUCGCCUUCUUGGCUUCUUUCAUCUUGGUGAUCUUCUACUAUGAUCGAUCUAAAUCACGCAGCUCUCAUGUCAUGCCUCCAAGCCCCUGGGCCUUUCCAAUCCUCGGCCACAUUCCACUCCUGGCCAGCAAUUCCCGCGGGUCGCAUCUCAUCCUCUUCGAUCUCGCCAAGAAGCUCGGCCCGAUCUUCUACCUCCGCCUGGGCUACACCCCCACGCUCGUCAUCUCCUCAGCCAAGAUCGCCCAAGAGAUUCUCAAGACACACGACAGGAUCUUCUCCUCGCGGCCAUCGCUCACGUUUGCCGAGGCGAUCCUCCCAGACGAUCUCGUCUUCGCGCGCUAUGGCGCGAGAUGGAGGGAGCUCCGCAAGAUCUGCACGCUCGAGCUCUUCACCGCGCGCCGCGUGGGGAGCUUUGCGGCAGUGAGGCAAGCGGAGAUGGAGAAGUUCCUGGCGAUGCUCUCCCAGAAUCUGAGAAGAACGGUGAACAUGACCCAGGAGCUCAGCGUCCUCACCUUGGAGAUCAUGCAAACGCUCGUGUUUGGGACGAGCCGGACCUUCGGUGCCAACGAUUUCCUCCGCUUGGCCCACCAGGCGAACGAGCUGGGAGGGAGGCUACACAUCGGCGAUUACAUCCCAUGGCUUAAAUGGAUGGAUCUCUCGCUGCCCAAGCUGAGAACCUUAGCAACCAAAUUCCAUGUCUUGCUUCAAGCACACAUUGAAGAGCACCGAUCCUCUAUAGCCAAGCAAGGACAUGGCGGCGAGAGCUUCCUGGACGUCUUGCUCUCGCUCGACAACAUGUCAGAUCUUACCAUCCGGUGCCUCAUGCUGGAUGCUGUGAGUGCAGGGCUGGACACGACUGCCACAGCGAUAGAAUGGGCCCUCACAGAGCUACUUCUUCAUCCACAAAUCUUGGCAAAAGCUCAGAAGGAAUUGGACGACGUGAUCCCUGCUAGUAGCGCCAUGGUGAGCGAGGCCGACAUUCCCAAGCUCAAGUACCUCGGCGCGAUUGUCAAGGAGACCCUGCGCAAGCACCCUCCGGCGCCACUCAUGGUUCCACGCGAAUCCACUACCGACUGUAAGGUAACUGGCUACACGAUCCCAGCCAAGACCCAAGUGUUGAUCAACCUCUACGCCAUCGGCCGGGAUCCAAGCAUCUGGGAGAAUCCUCUGGAGUUCAUCCCGGAGAGGAUGAGCAGCGAAUUCAAUGCGGCCGUGGAACUCAUGACGUUUGGCUUUGGCCGGCGAUCCUGCCCGGGGAUGAACUUGGGGUUGACUGCUGUUCAUCUCGUUCUUGCCAAUCUUCUCUACAGGUUCAACUGGACAACACCGGAUGGUAAAGAGGUGGACGUGGGCGAGGGGGUCGGGUUCACGCUCAUGCGGGCUCGUCCACUUGUAUUGGUUCCACUUCUCCGCAAGUAA